UUGGUUUUAGUUCAAAUGGUUGUUCCAUUAAGUUAAAAGGUUGAUUAACACAUAAUCGUCCAUUUACACACUUUACAAACACACUGAUUGUUAGCAUUACAGAUAAAAUUGAAUUUUAACGCUGAUUAUGCCAUCUAGAUAUAUCUUAGAUAUGAAUGCCACAGUUCGUGGUUUGCUUUUCUCUUAUUCUCCCCUCCUUUCCAACCAUUUCCUUAUCUGAAUCAGCUGAUUAUUGUUUUCGUAUUUCCAACGAAACAGACCGUUGCCGUAGUUAUGAUACGUGAUACCUUUUAACGAACGACUUUUCCGAACAUCCUCGUCGGUGUGUCGAAACGGACAACGGGUCUGACAAUUUAUCGCAAACCAAGAAGAGUACCGACGCGCUUGAAUAUUUCGAAUAAAAAGAUUGACGUUUCGCGGGCGGGGUGACAUCACUAUCAUUUUCUGGUUGUGUUGUGUCAGUCACUCACAGAAUGACGCAGUAGAAGGUCGUCUCAGAGAUGGCGAGCUUCCCAGUAUGAAAAUACAGUUUUAUGGCGAGGUAAAAAUAUUCAGUUUGGGAAGAAAAAAUGUCUGCAGACUCUCCAAGGCGUGGUGUGCAUAAAGGAGUUCAAGUUGUAUCACCUCAGCCAAUAGUUGAUCGUUCAAUUAUAGAUAGUGUUGCAGGAAUAAUUAAUGAUAUUGUUCCACAGGCUUAUGCUGGCACACCAAAUUCUGAAAACAAGGAAUCUAUAUCAUGGGCACGGUUUGAGUAUGCAGACAUUAAUGAUCCUGUCCUAUAUCCAGACUACAAUGAAGGCUCUAAUACACCACCUUUGUUAUUGGUGCUUGGUUAUACAACUGGAGUUCAGGUAUGGUUGAUAGCAGCAACAGGAGAAGCAACUGAAGUGUUAUCAUGGCGACAAGGAGUGAUUCGUACUCUGAGAAUUUUACCAAAUCCAAAGACUGAUGAUGAACAUGUUGAUUUGUUUGAAUUGAAACGGCCAAUGGUAGCAAUAUGUGAUUCAGCUGGACCUGGACCACAAUUUUGCAACAUAAGUUUCAUUUCUCUGAAAACUGGGGAACAAACUAAAAGCAUAAAGUUUAAAAAUCCUGUUUGUGACGUUUUGGCAAAUAAACGAUCCAUAGUAGUAACAUUUUUAGAAAAAAUCGCGGUGUUUGAUGCUCGAACAUUGGAAGAUGUAUUAACAGUUACUACAUGCUAUGCUAGCCCUGGUCCAAAUCCAAAUCCUGUUGCUUUAGGAACAAGAUGGCUUGCUUACAGUGAAAAGAAGUUACUACCAGCCAAAAGAAGUAGUGGUGGUUGUGAAGGUGAGGGAGUUCAAAGUUACACAGCGACUGUUCUGUACGCGGCAAAGUCUUUAGGAAAAGGUUUGCGUGGUUUGGGAGAAACUGUUGCUUCCAGUUUAACUGGCAAUUCAGUGUCACCGGUAGUCAUUAAUAAUAUGGGCAGCGAUGUAACCCAACCAGGAGUAAUUACAAUAUUAGAUCUCCAAGCUGCAAAAGAGGAAAAAGAGUUAGAUGAUGCAAAUAUAGAGACUGUAAUUGCUCAUUUUACUGCCCAUAGUGAUGCAAUUGUUGCCAUGACUUUUGAUUUAAGUGGUGCAUUACUAAUGACCGCUGAUAAAAGAGGGCAUGAUUUUCACAUAUUUAGAAUUCAGCCACAUCCAGGUGGUCCCACUUUGGCAGCAGUACAUCAUUUGUAUAUUUUACAUCGUGGAGAUACUACUGCAAAAGUACAGGAUAUGGUUUUUUCGAGUGAUACUCGUUGGGCGGCAAUUUCAACUGUUCGGGGCACUACCCAUGUUUUUCCCGUUGCACCAUACGGUGGUCCGGUAGGAAUACGAACUCAUUCCACACCUCAUGUUGUAAAUAGACUUUCAAGAUUUCAUAGAAGUGCAGGUUUAAUGGAUGACGGCACCAGAUCUCAUUCUCCCGUAUCUCAUACAGAGUUGCCUUUAUCAGUAUAUCCAUAUUCUAAUCCAAGACUUCCUCCGUAUCCUCAUCCAACUGUCCUACACCCUUUGGCACAGAUACGACAACCAUCAACGUUAAAUCACAUAAACAGUCAAGCUCAACAGAGUAGGCCGCAGCAGCGACAACGAUUGCAUUCAGAUGAUAGUGGAACAUUGCCAUUAAAAAUAUGCGCUUGCUUUGCACCACCAAGAGCUUGGAUGUAUGCACAAAGAGAGUCAACAGCAAAAGUUAUGAAAAGGGCAGUUGACUCUUUGUUCAUUAUGGCAUGUCACGGAAAUAUGAUACAAUAUGAUCUAGAACCUAAACCAGUUGCAGGUGUACCAAAAGAAAAAGUAUGUGACGAUACGAUGAUAGAAUUAGAUGUCGAAGCUAAGGGUCAAUGGCCCCUUUUAAGAUCUCCAAAUUCCUUAGAGAUUGUGCCACCUUUGCCAACUUCUAGUUCUUUAUUGAGUAUCAAUACGAUACCAAAAGAUAUUCAAGAUGGCGAUUUAGCGGAAGAUCGUUGGUUAAGUCAAGUAGAAAUUGUAACGCACGCUGGUCCACAUAGACGUCUUUGGAUGGGACCACAAUUUGUUUUCAAAACUUACAACGCAACUAGUGGAGCUCCUGUGAAUCUUGUGGAAGCUGAGGCCGUUGAAAUUGGUGUAACCGGAGGAUCUCGCCCUGCGAGAUCGAAUCCAGUCAACAUGCCGCACGCUGCAUCCAGAUCGUUGGUACCCGUGGUCAUUGAUGGAUCAGGAAGUAGUUAUGAGCAGUCCCCAAGAUUUAUGGAAGCAUACGGUGAUCCCUUAGAUAGUGAAAAUGUCGGUGUUGGUGGCGGUGAAAAUCAAUUGAGAGAAGAUCUGGCUGAAGCUAUGCUGGAGACGUCAAUUGCACCACACCGUGCACCAGGGAGGCGAUCGGUAUUUGAGAGGGUGGGUCAACCGGUAACUAAAGUCGUCAACCCUUUGGGCACCGUGAUUACUGUAUCGGCCGAUGAGGAAGACAUUAACUCCAGUCAGGAAUUCGAUUCCGCGGAGGAGAGCCACGUGCCGGAACCACCUAGGAGCGUGUGCGCCGAAGAAGGUCCGGCUUCUCUCGGCGAUCUAGAGCCGGAGAGCCAAACUUUGCGUGAUCUCACCAAGAUCUGCGCAGAAAUGCGCUCAGCUAGCGAACCUGCGAUCGACAGCGUGCCGGAUGAAAAUAUAUGUGAGGUGAAGGAAAGGAAAGCAUUAUGUGUAGAGAUUGCUCCCAUCAUGAAUCCUGGAAAUUCUACCAUCGACUUUGAAAAAGAGGAAGCUUUCCGUGAUGUACCGACCAGCUUGAGUCUUUGCGUGGAACAAGGUGAGAUUCCUAGCAGCCCUAUGACCCAGGCAAAGGAAGCUGUCUGGUGCAAAAAAUAUGAUAAAAGAGAAGACAGAGGAGUCCACGAGAGGAACGUGCCUGAGGCACAGUACGUGGUCAAUUGUGACGAAGAGAGCGUCGGUUUGAUGGAGAAUAAGGGAGUAGUACACGGAAGAAAGAGUACAUCUAUGCAUUAUAAGACAGAAAGCAAGAAAACUUGCGAGCCUGAGAAGGUUACUAAGAAGUCUGGAAAGAACGGAUCUACUGCGACCCCUAGCAAACGAGUUGAGACUAAGACAUUUGCUAAGAAGUACGUUCUUAAGGAACACGAGGAUAGUAUUGUCAUUGAAGAUGCUACUUGCGAGGAUACUAAAAGUAAUUGUAGCAAAAAGAAAAGAGAGAAAAGUGUGGUUGAAGAUACGAAAAGCGAAUAUUCUGAUAGUAAAAGCGGAGAAUCUUCGAAGGAAUCUGCGAUUGGAAAGUCUAAAACCAAAUCAAAGUCUUCCACGAUUCCUGAUAUCAAAGAAACAAAACUUGAAUCUGAUAUGGAAAGUAAAAGCUCCGUGAAACAGGUAGAACCGAUCAUAGAAUUGGAUGCUAUAAUCGAAGAAACUGACAAAAAGGAAGAUUUCAAGUCGACUGUUAACAUAGAUGUAUUAAUCAAAGAAAUAGAUAAGUAUAAAUCCCCUCCUUCAGACUCAACAGAUGAUUUUAGUUCUAGCGAAUAUCAUAUUGUGAAUACCCCGUGUUGUAGCAAAGAUGGAACUUCGGCUCAGUCUGACGAGGACAUCGAACAUAUCCAAAGUUGUGAAAUCACUCAGUUGCAGCAGGCUGAGUGCAUCGAUAGCGAUAAAUGUUUAGACGUUAUAAGUUGCUCGGUUUCGUCACCCAUUAUGCAGAGAAAGAACAGCAAGAAUACGAUAUCCGACGACGAUAUAGAGUACAUACAUUCUUCUGAAUUGGCAGACACACCUGACAAGCUGUGCAAAGAAGAUUCGAAGUUUGAAACGGAUAAAAGCAGUGAUAACGAAUCAGCCACAACCAGAGGUAAACGUACAUUCUCUGACGAUGAUUUGGAGCAUGUCCACCAUUCUGAUGUAUGUGCUGUGUCAUCAGAAGUAUCUAAAGAUGUCUAUGAAAAGAGUACAAAAAAAUCUCAGGAAAUUCCACCGGAACAAGUAUCGAAGUCUAAGAGCACGAAGAAGACAAAGGAUAUCGUAGUGAUCGAGAGCGACACGUCAGCAGCUGACGUAACUGUGAUCUUUAAACCGGCCGAGAGUUGGAAGAAUAAGAGUACAGAAAAGAAAGAGGAAGCUGAAGAAGGUGUCAACACUAAAGACACCUCGGCUAGUGAAACUUCUAGUCCUCUAAGAAAAGCUAAGGUUCGUCCCGCUAAAACCUCUCCAUCUAACGUCGCACCUAAACGAUCACAAGCAGGAAUCGAGAUAAUCGACAUCGACGCGAUGCAGAAAGCUGAGAUGGAAGUAUUAAUCGACACCACAACCGUUUCGGAGUGCAAAAUUCUCUCUGGACCCGAGGUCUGUGGAACUCGCGCGAAGAAGUCCCGGAAGAACAAGAAAGCUAGCAACGAGAGCAACGUACAGACAUCAGAGGCGACAAUUGAACUUGCAAAACCCGUUGAAGAAGCUGUAAAGGACACGAAACUACAGGAGUCUGUGCCUGAAUUUUCCUGGAGCGCUGUCGUGAAGAAGAAAAGCGGAUCGCCCGUGGCUGACUCGGAGGCACGAAAAGAAGACGACAUAGUUGAGGACAAGGUGAAGCAACCGUGUGAUUCUAUCGAAGUAUCAUCGUGCUCACCUAUUCUAGAAAAAAUAGAGUCUCUGAAGAAGAAGAUACACGAGUCCUCGUUAAGAAAGAAUCUGGAUAAGAAGAGCUCGAGUUCCCAGGUAGCAGAUAAGCUUCGAGAGGCUGUCUUAGAAUUAGACCCUGAAGAAUCAUCCCUUCAAACAUCGGAGAUUUCUUGGAGUUCCGUCGUAAGAAAGAAGAGUGCGUCCUCAGUUGAACGAGAAAUAAAAAAGGACCCUGAAAGCGACCCAGUUCAAGAGGAAGCGAGCGAAGAGAAGAAAUCUCAUCGGAGACACUCCGAAUCUUCUGCUCGAUUCUCAACGAUAGCGGAUCAGUUGAAAGAAACUGUAACGGAAACCGUUGCGAAAGAUUCUUCUGUUCAGACGUCAGAAGGAUCCUGGAGUUUCGUCGUGAAGAAGAAAACUGCUUCUUCGACGGAAUCAAUCACGCGUAAGGAACCCAUCGAACAGAAGACUUUCAGGAAGGUGGAUCUGCUGACCGACUCGUUGGAGAUCAUUUCCGGUCACGAAACAAAAGCUGUCGCGAGUAACAGCUCUGCGAAUUCGACGGUGGAGUCCACCAAUGACUGUGUUCUUCUGAAAUUCUCGAGCUUGUCCACCGAUCAGCCUUCGAACGUGAAGAUAAUCGAGAAGACAUCGAAGCUCGAAAUUCUGAGCGAGAUCGUCGAAAAAGAUUCAAGCGAGUCGAAGAACUGGAACGUCGGGGCGGUGCUGGUGGAUCCUGCGUUCUCUAAGGAGGAUUCUUCAGAACCAGAGCAGGAUACCGAGCCAGAGAAACGCAGCGAUUCGGAACAGGACAUCGUACCGGAACGUUCGAGCUCCUCUGACGAGCUGAACGCGAACGUGGUGUUCACGAACACCGAAGCGGAGUACUCGGGUCGCGAGACCAGCGAGAGGACCGCGACGAACGGCUUGACCAGCUCGGUCUGCACCACGUCCAAGAAAGGCAACAGGUCGAAGAAAAAAAAACGCAGAUGAGUAGAGGAUUGCAUGGAUGUACCUAGGGCCAGCCUUGCCCUUUACAUACUCCUGAUGCAAGUAACUGGGGCCGAUUAGCAGGAGUAUAAGCCGGGGACAAGCUGCGUUCUCGAAUCUUGGUGUAAUCAAGUUACCAGAAAUAUGCUCGUUUUACUGGAAACAUUAUCUUAGGAGUACAUGUAUCAUAUACAAUCACUUCACUAGAGGGAGCAAACUACAGCUCCGUUUUGAUCGAACUACGAGUGUCUGGAACCUUCACGUCAGAUUUGGUAUUUUUGAGAAUAUUUUCUAAAGAAAAAAACAGGAGGGAUUAUCGAAAAUAGAGAUACAGGUAGCACCGUUGAUUUCCCAAGUACCACGUAUAGAGACGAACCAGCACAAAGAACGUUUUAGAGACACUCGAUGUAAUUUCAUAAAGUAACUAGAAGGGCAAGACUGUACCGUUGGAUGUACAUCCGCUGACGUUCGAGUGGGAUGUGUGAAACGAAUAUCAAAAAGAGGAUAACAAUACACUUACACACGUUCACACACACACACACACACGCACACGCACACGCACGCACACGCACACACACACUGUCCACACGUAGAAUUUUUGAAACGAAACUUCUAUACAUAGAUAUUUAAAAUGAAAGCAAACAAAAAAAUAACAAAAAAUGGAAAAAACGAAACACCGUCUGUGGUUCGAACAGUUUCAUAGCGAUUUCUGUUUCGACUGCCUUAUGUUGUCGUUAUCGAGUCAAACGAAUCCGCUGUGCGUUGUCCGUGUGGUGCAUACGAGAAGUGUUCUAGCUUUUUAUUAAGAUUGACGAAAUUGAGAACUAAACGAACGAGUCGAUUCGCGAUUAUUCGUAGACUACUUGGCAACUUAGGCACUUACCAAGGCUGUUGCCUUUUAGAUUCUAUUCAUAUAGUCGUAUAGUACAGAUUACACGAUUUCAGUUCAGUACAAAGCUACACACGCUUCUGCCUCUGUAUAAGCGUACACUUGCUGACAGGAGUUAAGAGGCAAACUAACGAUUUGCGAAUUUUUGUAUGUCCUUUAUUUUCACAGAUAUUAUCAGAAAUUGUCUUACAUAGAUAUUAACACCAGACCUACCAUGAUCAAUAGAACAACUGGAAACCAACUGAUCCAUAUAUCUCAGAAGUUCAAAGGUAUACAAAAAUUCCUAAGUCAUUACUUUGUUUCGUAACUUUUAUUGGUAAGCGUAUGCUUGUAUUGUAUCUAGAUCGCUGUGUUCGUCAUUUUGCGUUCGUAACAUGCUUUCCAUGAAAGCUCAUCCGCAAAUAUGAUUUCACGAAUUCAGAGGAAAUUCGUUCGAGGAGCUCUGAGAUCCUCGGCUAAAGAUUUCAUCAGGUUCUUUUGAGUUCUCCGGGCAUUUUAACUGAUUCUGUGUAUG